GGCUGAUUGAGCAGAAGCGGGAAGUGAUGGCGGCGGGUGGAGGAUGUGCGGACAGUGCAGACGAGUACCGGGCUGAGGUGGAGCGGUUGAACCGGGAGCUGGCUGAGGCGAACCGGGAGAAGAUCCGGGCGGCGGAGUGCGGCCUCGCUGUGCUGGAGGAGAACCAGUGUCUGAAACAGCAGUGCGCAGAACUGGAGGCUGAACAGAAGGCUCUCAGGAGAGAACUGGAACAGCUGCAAGAGGCAUUUGGUCAGGCAUACUCCAACCAGCGUAAGGUGGCAGAGGAUGGCGAGAUGAACGAAGAGACGCUUCUACGGGAAUCUGCUUCCAAAGAAGCAUUCUACAUGAGUCGUCUGCUGGAGUUACAGACAGAGCUCAAUGUGUGCCGCUCAGUUGCUUCCAAUUCACGGGCAGAGAAUGAACGUCUUAACCUGCAGAUCCAGGAACUAAGAGAGAGUAAUGAGAUGCUGGAUCUGCAGAGGAGCAGAUUGAGAGAGGAGAUUAAGGAGUAUAAGUUUAGAGAAGCCAGACUGCUGCAGGAUUACACAGAGCUGGAGGAGGAGAACAUCACGCUGCAGAAACUUGUGUCUACACUUAAACAGAAUCAGGUGGAGUAUGAGGGAUUAAAACAUGAAAUAAAGGUUCUGGAGGAGGAGACGGUGUUGCUGAACAGUCAGCUGGAGGACGCGUUGCGGUUGAAAGACAUCUCUGAGGGCCAGUUGGAGGAGGCACUGAAUGCUCUGAAGAGUGAGCGGGAGCAGAAGAACAAUCUGAGGAAAGAGCUAGCCCACCAUAAUAGUCUCACAGACUGUGUAUAUGGAGCAAGCACACAAAUAUCCAUCUCUGUAGUGGAGGGAUUUAAGUUUGCAGAGGAGCAAACCAAUAUCGGCACAUCAGCUUCGGGUUCCAGUAUCAAUAAUGAGGACAGUAACAAGUGUAAUGGCUGUAACGGUCAUGCGCCCAAGAUUAAUGGUGAAUACCACCGAGCUGGUGGAAGGAAGGGAGAGGUGCUUCACCCUGUGUCAGAUUUGUUCAGUGAACUCAACCUGUCCGAGAUCCAGAAGCUUAAACAGCAGCUUAUACAGGUGGAGCGAGAAAAGGCCACGCUUCUCAAUAACCUGCACGAGUCCCAGACGCAGCUGCAGCACACACAGGGGGCGCUAACAGAGCAACACAAGCACGUGAUCUCUCUCACAGAACGCAUCAAUUCUUUAAAGCGUUUUUGUAGCAACAAGGAACUGGACGCUGCAGAAACUGAGAAAGGGGUCGCCACCUCAAACGGCUGCCGUGAGUACGAGGUUGACAUAAAGGGCAUGGAGAUCCUGGAGUGUAAGUAUAAAGUGGCUGUCACAGAGGUCAUCGACCUGAAAGCUGAGCUGAAGGCCCUGAAGGAGAAGUAUAACCAGUCCGUGGAGAACCAAUCAGAAGAGCUCAGCCAGAGUGAAGGGAAACUGCAGUCACUUUAUGAGCACGCGACAUCACUGGAGAGGGAGUGUCGGGAUAGCCGUGAGCGAAAUGCCAGCUUAGAGGCGGAGCUGCGUCGGGCAUCAUCCAUGGCCAUUGACAAUCAAGGUACACUGAACGCUGCCCAGGAUGAGCUGGUUACCUUCAGCGAAGAGCUCGCCCAGCUUUACCAUCAUGUAUGCCUAUGCAAUAAUGAGACGCCCAAUCGUGUCAUGCUGGACUACUACCGCCAGAGUCGCAUUACACGAAGUGGCAGCAUUAAGGGCUCUGAUGAUCCACGAGCAUUGCUGUCACCCCGUCUUGCCCGUCGGCUUGCUGCCAUUAACUCGGAUGCAUCCAGAAGCCCUCAUGGUUCACCUCAAAAAGAGGCUUUGCUUGAAGUAAGUGGAGCAGACACAGUAAACCAGCAGAGUCCCUGCAGGUCCCCAUUUGGUUCCCCAAUUCACAGCACUUCAACAUCUUCUUCACUUAUAAUAGAGGCAGGUGGAGAUCUUCGCAAGGAGCCUUUGAACAUUUACAACCUGAAUGCCAUUAUUAGGGAUCAGAUCAAGCACUUGCAGAAGGCUGUAGACCGCUCGCUUCAACUGUCCAGACAGAGGGCUGCUGCCCGAGAGCUGGCACCGAUCUUCGACAAGGACAAAGAGGCCUGCAUGGAGGAGAUCCUGAAGCUCAAGUCCCUCCUGAGCAGCAAGAGAGAACAGAUUGCCACUCUGCGUCUUGUUCUCAAGGCCAACAAACAGGCUGCUGAGGGUGCAUUAACUAACCUGAAGAGUAAGUAUGACAAUGAAAAAGCUAUGGUCACAGAGACAAUGACGAAGCUAAGGAAUGAACUAAAGGCUCUGAAAGAAGAUGCCGCCACUUUCUCCUCGCUAAGGGCAAUGUUUGCCACCAGGUGUGAUGAGUAUGUUACACAGCUGGAUGAGAUGCAGAGACAGCUGGCAGCAGCCGAGGAUGAAAAGAAGACUCUAAAUUCUCUGCUCCGCAUGGCCAUCCAGCAGAAAUUGUCCCUCACGCAGCGUUUAGAAGAUCUGGAGUUUGAUCACGAGCAGUCACAUCGUGGUCGUGGAAUAAAGAUGCCCAAGAUAAAGAGCAGCCCUCAAAAAUCUCUUGUAGAUUGUCAGCAGCCUACUGCCUCAGUACCGCCACUCUCCCCACAAAUAAGGCGCACAAGAACGUCCAUGGGACGCAGGUCUAGUAUUGUGAUAACACUUCAAGAAGACCAGCUACAAGACGCCAUCUCCAGACUCCCCUGUGACCCUUUUAAAUGUUUGGCAACCCGCACCCAUCUACCUGGCCCUUAG